UCAUCUCCUUCAUCUCCUCGUCGCGACAAGAUUCGAAUUGAAGCCUGGAGACCCUGAUAUCUUCCACCAGCUCCCUUCCCCUCGUCGAGCGAUACCCAUCCACCCUUCCCCCCCAACAAGCGAGAGAUACCCGACGACAAAAGACAAAAAAGACAGCAUGUACCAUCUAGCCAAGUCGCUCUAUCUGCUCGCCAGGAGGAGAGAGGAGUACUCGGUGAUCCUCCUCGGGCUCGACAACGCUGGCAAGACUACCUUCCACGAGCAGGCUAAGUCGCUCUUCCUGCCGGAGCGCCCGGACCCGAAGCUCAAGACCGUGCCGACCGUCGGCCAGAACGUGUCGACCCUGACCCUGCCCGACAUGUACCUCAAGAUCUGGGACGUCGGCGGCCAGAUGAGCCUGCGCAAGCUAUGGCAGAGCUACUACGCCAGCUGCCACGCCAUCGUCUUCAUCAUCGACAGCACCGACAUCGGCGACGGCAACAUCGAGCACGACGAUAACUCCGGCCGCCUCGACGAGUGCCGCCUCGUCCUCGAGGACGUCCUCCAGAACUCCGAGACCGAGGGCGUGCCCCUCCUCAUACUCGCCAACAAGCAGGACCGCGAGGACUGUGUCGAAGUCGUCAGGAUCAAGGAGGGCCUCGUCAAGAAGGUCUUCGAGGGCGAGAAGGCGUCCAGCAUCCGCGACUCCCGCGUCCUUCCUGUGAGCGCCCUGACCGGCACCGGCGUGAGGGAGGCCGUCGAUUGGGUCCGGUCUAGAGUGAAGUGGAACAAGGAGUCGCGGCCCCCCGUCAUGCGGUAGUAGGCGGGAUGCCCAAGAAGCACCACAUUACAAUUGUCUUAAGCAUCGGGCUCAGAAGCAUAAACGGUGGGGGGGG